GCUUUUAUAAAUUAUUUCUAGGUUAUGUUAUAAAUCAUUGUUAACUCAAUGAUCAUUGUAAACAAUCUUGUAAAUUUUGUACAAAUUUAAUUUAUUUACGCAAGCAUGGCAGAAAAACUCGAAGAUUUUAAUUUACCAUUAAGUGUAGUGCAAAGAAUAGUGAAGGAAUCAAUCAAUGAAAACGUAAAUAUAGGCAAAGAAGCUAGAAUAGCUUUGGCUCGUGCGGCUGCAGUUUUUGUUCUUUAUGUAACAUCACACUCCUCGCAAGUAGCUCAAAAAGUCAACCGUAAAACAUUAUUAGCCGAAGAUGUAUUUGAAGCACUCAAAAAUUUAGAUUUUGGUGAACUUGUCGAGCCACUUCAAUUGCAUCUUCAAGAAUAUAAGGAGGAACACAAAAAGAAGGAUAAAAGCACCGUCAAUAAAAGCGCAGAAGGAGGUGAAGAGGAAAUUGAGGAGGAUAACGAUGAUGACUAAAUGUAUUUAUAAUUCAGAUAAUAAAACGCUUUAAUUUUGUGGGAAC